UGAUCGGUUGAAUUAUGCCAUAAGCGCAAAUAAUGCAUGUUAUAUUUGUUUACAUUUUAAACUAGGUGUGCUCUGCAUACAAUCAGAUGAGAAGAUGGCUGUACUGUCGUCUUUAAAGCAUCCUAAUUACGUACAGUUAAGGGAUGAAUAAAUUUGCUGCUAAACAGCCUGAAAGAACUCUACUUCCUCAUCAUAUUUUCAAGCAAUUGGGUUAAUCUGUCUUCAAUCUUUUAACGUGGAAUUAUGCUCAAUGUCUGUGUAUCCCUUAUUGGAGGUUUAUCGAAUUUAAACGGUCGUGUUAACUCUGCCGAUUUCAGCAUAUAGAUUUUAUUUAAAUAAAUUAUUAAUUUUAAAAUUAAAAAUCGAGAAUUUGCUGCAUUUGAUCAAAUGUAUGUAAAUAUAAAUGUAUUAAUAAAACUUAGGAAUUUUUAUCUUUAUUGAAGUUCAUUAUGUCAAGGAAUUCAAUGAAAAAGCAUGUUAUAUUGGGAGUAGAUGUCGGAACAACAAACGUCAAAUGUUUCGCUUAUGACCAUCAUUUUAAAGUUAUUGGACAAGCACAUGAAAAGGUUUCCAUUCUUGAUCCAGGGGAUGGCAGACAUGAAAUUGAACCAGAAUUGUUAUGGAGUGUUUUCCUGACUGUUGUAAGAAACUGUUUACUGAAUUCCCAUCUGCAUGCUGCAGAAGUUUCAUGUAUGGGCAUUUCUACUCAAAGAGGAACUUUUCUUACUUGGAAUAGAGAGACUCAUGAAGCAUUUCAUAAUUUCAUAACAUGGAAAGAUAUGAGGAGUGAAAAAUUGUGUGAACAAUGGAAUUCAUCUUAUUUAGUGAAACUUAUGAGAUUUGUAUCCGCCAUUCUUUAUUUCUUUACUCGAAAGAAGUUAUUUCAGCUUCUUAGCAGAUUGAAGUUUACUCCUGCCAUGGUUUUGACACGAUUGCGCUGGAUUCUUAAAUAUGACAGAAAGGUACGAGACAAAAUUUUUCAAAAUGAAGCUUUGUUUGGUACUAUUGACUCUUGGUUAGUUUGGAAAUUAACUGGUGGAAAAGUGCAUGCCACAGAUUCUUCUAAUGCUUGCGUUACAGGAUUUUUUGACAUUAUUAAGAUGGAAUGGUCUAAAAUGGUAUUAAAUGCAUGCAGUAUUCCUAGAAAUAUUCUGCCUGAAGUUAAGAAUACUUGCGAUAAUUAUGGUCAAGUAUUACCUGAAAUAUUUGGAGCAGCUUUUCCUAUUUUUGCUGUGGUUGGUGAUCAGCAAGCAUCUCUAUUUGGAUCAGGCUGUUUUAGAAAGGAUGAUAUAAACUGUACAAUGGGUACUGGAACGUUUUUAAACAUCAAUACUGGUUCUGAACCUGUAGUUGCAAGCAAUGGUAUUUAUACAUUAGUUGGAUGGACUAUAUCUGCAAAAACUACAUAUAUUUUAGAAUGUGGCUUUCAUGAUGUUGGCGCCGUUUUAUCUGUAGCACAAAAUUUAGGUUUCUUUGAUCAUCCAGCCAAAUCGUGUUCAAUUGCCGAAUCAGUGUCAGAUACUGGUGAUGUUUAUUUCUUGCCAAGUUCUUGCUCUUCUUUAUGUUCUGGUCAACGAAAUGGAAAUAUAUCAUCACUGACUGGUUUAAAAGUACAAACAUCUAAGAAUCAUAUUGUUAGAGCCAUUCUAGAAUCAAUAGCUUUCCAAGUUCGUUUGUUACUGGAUACUGUGGAAACUUAUUAUGAAACUGAUGUUAAAAAAUUUAGAGCUUGUGGUGGCAUUUCUAACAACGAUUUUAUUCUUCAACUUGUAUCUGAUUUAUGCAAAAAGCGUGUUGAACGAAUGAAACACACUGAAUGUUCUAGUCUUGGAGCUGCUUUAUUUGCUGGUCUUCACACUGGUGUCUGGCAAAAUAUGGAUGAAAUACGGGCAAUACAAACCGAUCGUGAUAUUUUUUCUCCUCGAAGUAUUUCUACAUCAUCAUUUGAGAUGCGAUAUUUGAACUGGAAAAAAGCUGUUUCAUCAUAUAACUAAUCCAAAGUAAUUCUGAAGUUUUAUUAUUGUAAAGCAAUGUGUAAUCCAAAAAUAUCACUUUUGAGUGUAAUAAUAAGAAAAGUUUGUAUCUUGUUCUUGUAUCUUGUCUAAAAACUAUCGCAAUAUGUUGAAACAUUUAGAUUACUUUCUAUGGAAAAAAUAAAAGAUACAUACUUUUAGUUCACACUAAUUUAGCCUGCCAUUUGAAAUUAUAUAUACUUAAUUGAUAUUACACUGUUCAUUUUUCAACAUUCCAAUUUCACUUUUAAAGAGCUUUAAGUUUUGGUUAGUGAUGAUCGUCUAAAAACUAUGUAUAGGUUUGUAGUUAAACGCUUUGCUCAUGAUGCUGUGAUGAAUUAUGCUCUCUCUCCAAAACGGCCUAUAACUUAGAAAGUUAAUAUUUAUUAAGCCUGUCGAUUUGCUAAUAAUAUGUUAACUCUAAAUUUUUGUUUGAUGAUAAAAGGUGUUUAGUUUUUUUCUUAUAUUUGUUUAUCCCUCUUUAGUAGUAGUCCAGUCCUGUGGUUUUCAUCUUCUUAUGUUUCGUUUCCCACAUGCUAUUUUAAGUGUUGAAUUUUGUACAUACGUAAAUAGAAAAAUAUUACUACGAUAAAAGAAUUCUAAAAAUGAAUCCAAGCAUACAUACGCUUAUCUAUUAAAUUUUUAUAGUCUAUUUAAAUUCAUCUUAUGAAAUCGUUGGAAUGGCUGAAAACUUAUACGAAUCUCUGGAGAGAUAAUAUACUGAUUUCUCUCUUCCAUUAUUUUUGUGAAAUUAAUCAAUAUCCGUGAUGUAACAUUUCACUCUCUAUUUCUAGAUUAAUAAUUGUUGCCAUAUCUUUUUUCCCGAAUUUCGCUGCGGUUUUUUAAUUACUCUUAAUGCAUAAAAGGUAGAUAACCACUGGUAUUACAGUUUUUGGUUUCAUUUCUAGCAUAAGGUCGUAUUUAUAAUUUUUGUGAGAUAUUUUUAAUAAGGGCUUAGUAAGAGUGUUGAACAUUAUAGGCUGAAAUUUUGGACGCUGCUAUUUUUUACUGAAUUUAGUAUUUUCAAUUCGUUUUAAAAUGUCUGUAAUUUAAAUAUUUUUAUUGUGAGUAGAUGAUGUACAGAUUAUUCAUUAAGAAUGUAUCAUUGUCAUUAAAUUUUCUGCCUGCGAUUCCAUAAUGCAGCAAUGUAAUAUAUUGUUUUUUAAAUAGCUUAAAUAUAUAUGCAAACUUUGAUAAUUAUUUUAACAUAUAUUGUUAUUUAAUUGUUAUUUUAUGAGAUGAAAUUAUUAUACACUUUUUGAAAUA